GGCGAGCAGAGAGGAAGAAAAGGAAGGAGGGGAGAAGCUGGUUGUACAUGCAUUGAUAUUAUUCAGAGCCGGAGAGAGACACAAAGGAGGGAAAACAGAUUGUUGGUGUAAAUGUGUUACAUUUGGUGAAGCUUCAGGGAGGAGAGGCAACUGCUCCAGUGGAGAAGCUCUACAGCCUUCAAGAUUCAAGAAUAAUCUGCAGGAGCUGGAACAACAGGAAGUCAGGGGAAACUUUGCCUCUGAUCCGCCACUUCAGGAUUUUUCAAUGUUUCCUUGUCUGGCUGUCAGACUGAGGAGUGUUUUGUGAAAACUGACAAGCCAAGAUGAACCAAACUGCAUCCGUGUCGCAUCAGAUAGAGUGUCAGCCCAUCAGAGAUAGCAAGGAGUUUGUGGACGUCAGCCCCCCGCAGAGGAACUGGAAGGGCAUCGCCAUCUCUCUCCUGGUUAUAGUGGUGGUCUGCUCGCUCAUCACCUUGUCUGUAGUCGUCCUAACGCCCAGUGACGCUCUUGAAAGCAGCAAGUUCAAGCUGACGGUGGAGGACCUGUUUAAACCCGAGUUCCAGAUUCACGACCCACAAGCCAGGUGGAUUAAUGAUUCAGAGGUGGUGUACAGAAAUGGAGACGGACAUGUCGUCAAGUUCAACUUUGUCCUGAAUGAGACGGAGAUCAUUUUGGCGAACUCCACGUUUGUCUCCUUCAAAGUGGCAAAAUACUCGCUGUCCCCAGAUCUGAAGUAUGCUCUCUUUGCGUAUGAUGUCAAACAGGUGUACAGAUACUCAUACACAGCGUCUUAUAUUGUGUACAACAUCGACACGAGGGAAGUAUGGGAGCUGAACCCACCAGAGGUUCCGAACUCUGUACUCCAACAUGCAGCCUGGGGAAGGCAGGGAAGGCAGCUGGUCUACAUCUUUGAGAACAACAUCUACUAUCAAUCAGAUGUGAAGACCAGCUCUCUGAGAAUCACCUCCUCCGGGAUGGAAGGAGUCAUCUUUAAUGGGAUAGCAGACUGGUUAUAUGAAGAGGAGAUUUUGCACUCACACUUGGCUCACUGGUGGUCGCCUGAUGGAGAGCGACUAGCGUUUCUGAGAAUUGAUGACACCCUGGUGCCCAACAUGACCCUGCCUCAGUUCACCGGCAGCACUUACCCCAGAGGAAUACAGUAUCCUUAUCCAAUGGCAGGCCAGAGGAACCCGACUGUCAAGCUGUUUGUGGUCAACCUGUUUGGCAUUACGAACACUCAGGAGCUGCAUCCUCCAGAUCAGAUCAGACUCAGAGAUUUCUACAUAACCAUGGUGAAGUGGAUUGAUCACACGCGCCUCGCCGUGCUGUGGGUCAACCGUCCUCAGAAUGCCUCACUUCUGACGGUGUGUGAGGCCACGACUGGAGUCUGUCACCAGAGACACGAAGAGACCUCAGAGACAUGGCUUACCAGGCAGAGUCAGGAGCCGCUGUUCUCUGAGGACCUGAGCAAGAUUUUCCUCACUCUUCCUGUCAAACAUGGAGGUCACACAGAUGUCCACCACAUCACCAUGUUCUCUAGAAAGUCAAGAAGCGAGCCAGUUGAAGUUCGCCAUUUAACAUAUGGAAACUGGGACGUGGUCAGAAUCGUAACUUAUGACGAGCUCAAAAAUAUCAUAUACUUCCUGAGUUCAGAGGAAGCUCCACAGCAAAGGCAUUUAUACAGUUUGUCGACUGAUGGUUCCUCUUCAAGGCGAUGCCUCACCUGUAGACUGAAGGAAGGGUGCAGUUUCUAUGACGUCGACAUCAGUCCAAAUGCUCAAAAUGCCAUCCUCCACUGUCAAGGUCCUGACGUUCCAGCUGUGCUGCUUCUCAGUUUCAGCGACUUGGACUCAUACUUCAUCCUGGACAGCAACCUCCCCCUACGAUCAGCGCUGGACACCAGAAGGAAGGCUAAGACCGUAUUCGAGAAUAUCACCAUUGACAACUUUGAGCUGCCUCUGAAGCUCAUUUGUCCUCCGGGCUUCUCAGAGUCCAACCUCUACGGCCUUCUCCUCAUCAUAGGCAGCAUUCCCAGGGAACAGACGGCAACGGAGAAAUUUGCACUGGACUGGGAUUGGGCGCUGGCCGUGUCACAUCAGAUCAUAGUGGCCCGGUUUGAUGGCAGAGGACCCGGGUUCAGAGGUCAAAGAUCGCUGGAGCAGCCUUAUCACAGACUCAGAACGGUGGAUCUGGAGGACCAGAUUGCAGCUCUGGACUUUCUGAUGAGGCUGCCGUAUGUCGAUGGGAAUCGUGUUGGAGUUUAUGGACAGGGUUAUGGGGGUUACCUGACUCUGAUGAUGCUGAAUUCAGAAAGGCUGAUUAGAUGUGCAGCAGCUCAGGCUCCCAUCAUUAACUGGACCAUGUACGCCUCUGCCUUCUCCGAGAGGUACUUCGGAUUGCCUUCUACCGAGGAGAGCAGAUACCACGCAUCCAAAGUGCUGCUUGACAUGAAAGGCAUCGAGGGAGGAACUCUGUUUCUGGCCCACGGCACGGCUGACGCCAACGUUCACUUCCAACACUCAGCUGAGCUCAUCAAACACUUGAUAAAGAUUGGGGCAAACUACACUAUGCAGAUCUAUCCGGACGAAGGCCACUUCCUGUCGACACGCAGCCAGAUCCAGCUGACUCAGUCCCUAAUUGGAUACUUCACAGGAUGCUUGCUCGACAUGUCGUUGUUACUUGAACAGCGGGACGACGAAUGAAAGGAAAAGGGGGGUUAUUAAUGUGUGCGGUAAACCAAAUGUGUGUUUUAUACCAGUAGCACCAUUAUUGACGGACAAAAUAAGCUUCUUUGUGACAUAUCAGACUUGUAUAAAAUGCUCUCAAAGUGCAGCCGCUGUAUAUUCAGUGUUGUUAGCGAGACUGUUGUUAUCAGCCCUGACUGAGAAUUGUAAGGCCUCAUUUACCCCCAAUGA